AUGUCGAUCGCAGCCGAGAAAGCGGCGAAUGCCAUUCCGCCACCAAAAGCUGCCCGAGGCCCCGAAUUCCUCGCCAAUACAGCCCCGGAAAUGAAACCGGCAGAGACCGCAUUUGUCAAAUCGUUUUUCGCACGGAACUGGUCCCACGGUCAAGUCAGCUCCAUGUAUUUGAGAAUGGUGCUUACCCCUUCGAUACAACAUUCCACACCCGAAUACAAUGCUCCCACUUUGGCGAAUCCGCUUCCCGAUCGCCACAUUCCUCGCCCAGUGCUUUUGAAAAACUCGGAUGUUUUUUGGCGUGUAGACAUGUUGGCGUCCGUAUUUAGUCUAUUCAUUGGGUCUUCGAUGGCGAAUGAUGAACUCAUAAGUGAAAAGAAAGCACCCAAAGCAAAACCUAAGUUCGCCUAG